CCUGAACUUUGCUUACGCGCGAGCUAUUGGAACUGUGGUGGUGGGACAGCUGUACAGUACGACCAAUUCGAACCCAGGAGCACUAGAAAAAGUUCCAUACGACCGACCAACGUCGGCAAGCAGGCCAUCGACGAGUGACUCGCAUUCUUUUCCG